GAUAACAGGCAGCGAACUGUAAGACAGUGGAUUGUUACUUAAAUCUAAGCUCCGAAGACAUUUCAGCUCCCCCAGUUCUUCACAUAUAUCCUGUAUGUGAUUCUGGUCCAGGACUGGAUGGAAGAAGGCUUUCAGCUCGCAUUUAAGACAUGAUAAGAGAGAGAGUUGAAGCAGAAGCCAAGAGGCGGGUGUCCAUGAGCUCCUACCUGUCUGCCGUCUCUCCGAUGCCAUGCUCCUGCCAGCAGGAUGUCACAAUUCCAGAGGCGGGGAGCAUCCAGGCGUCACCCGAAUGGGGGGAGAACUGAAAGAACACAAGAUGGCCAGUCACAGCCGUUCCCUGUAUCAUCUAGGGCAGUGAUUCACGCGUUGGGGCCUCUGCGCCUGAACAUCCAGCCCUGGCGUUUGUUGGGAGCUAGUCUGGAUGUGACCUGUUGGUGUGGUGACACGCUGCCCGGUAGCGCACACAGACAGAGAGGUCAUGUCAGUUCUUCCAGAUCUUCACCAGCAGUAUUUGCAGGCCUGCCAAAACUUAAGCCAGCCUGAAAACCCCUUCAUUGCUUACAUGCUUCAAGAAGCUGAUAAAAAUGAUAAAAAAUGGACAAAAGGGAUCACAUUAAAAAUAGCUGGAAAUAACCAUUUAGUACCAGUGCGGAGAGUUACAGAUGAAGAUCUUCAAGCCCUUGCCCCUGUCUUACAAAAUACUGUAUUUGUCACAGGGUUAGACCUGCGUUAUAAUGUAUUAGCUGAUGAUGGAGCAAAGCACAUGGCAGAAUUCCUUCAGGAAAACUCAACUCUGCGCUACCUUAACCUGAUGUUUAAUGAUAUUGGCACAAGCGGAGCAGAGCUGAUAGCGAGAGCACUCCAUAGGAAUGAAACACUUUUGUAUUUGAGAAUGACUGGAAACAAAAUAGGAAACAAAGGUGGGAUGUACUUUGCUUCAAUGCUGCAGAUUAAUUCAGUCUUAGAGAAGUUAGAUCUUGGAGACUGUGAUCUGGGUAUGCAGAGUCUAAUAGCAAUAGCAACAGUCUUGACUCCAAACAAAUCAGUCAAAGCAAUAAAUCUUAACCGUCCUUUAUUAUACAGCCAAGAGGAAGAGACCACAGUUCAUAUAGCCCUGAUGUUGAAAACCAACUCUUCUCUUGUGGAAUUGCAUUUGUGCAAGCAUGAAAUGAAAAAAUUUGGUGUAGAGCGACUAUGUGAGGCAUUGUAUGAAAACUGCAGCCUGAGAUAUCUUGAUCUUAGCUGUAAUAAAAUAACUCGUGAUGAUGUGAAGUUUUUGGGAGAACUACUAAAACGGAACCAAACCCUGCAAAUCCUAGAUCUUAAUUCAAACCGAAUAGAAGAUGAUGGAGCUAUCUACCUGAGUGAAGCCUUGGCUUUGUGCAACAGGACUCUUCAAGCGUUAUCAGUAGCAAGCAACAAUAUAAGUGGCAAAGGACUCAUAGCGCUUUCAGAUUCAAUGAAAACAAACAUGGAACUUUCUUAUAUUUACAUUUGGGGGAACAAAUUUGAUGAAGCCACCUGUAUGGCAUUUUCAGAAUUAAUUCAGACUGGCCGCUUGAAGCCUAACUGUACAGAUGUGGAACCCUAUGAAGUGGAUGGGCACAUCCACCUUGCAGAGGUCUCCCAUGGCCUCAAGAAGCAUUACUACUGGACACCAAGUUGUGGGAGGAUGAAUAACAAAGAUGCUAAUGCCAGUCUUGCAAUUGGAGCUGUUUCAGAGUACUUGUAGGUCUCAGGAAGGAGAAGUAUGCCAGAAAAGAUUCCAUGUUUUCCCAUAUUAAUCCCUCACACAAACUAAUACUGUUUUACACCUUGUACCUCCAAAAUGAACCUGGAACCCUUAAGCCUAUGAAUCAGAUGUGCAGCUGAUUUCUGUGCAUCAGCAAAAGAUACAGUACAGACCUGCCUCUUCAGGUCCUACAGCACCCAGCCUGAACACUCCUACAAAUUAGAUAUAUCUAAAAUCUAUAUUCUAGUAAAUGAAUACAGUUAAAGGAGAUCAUACCUCAGCAGCUGAGAUAUCUUCACAAAAGGUGAGGAUAAGAAUCAAGACUCUCAGAUGGGGACUUGAGAGUACAGGUCUCUAAAUUAUUGCUCCAAGACAAAACUACAAGCCUGUGUAUUCUAUUAAAAAAGGUUAAAACUGUUGUCUUGUAAAAAAUAAUGAUUAUCUUGUCUAUAAAGAAAAUUAAAUGAGUAAUAAAGCAAAUGUUACUGUUAUAAGUAUCUAAACAAGAUCCUGUAUAAAUCUAAGCACUGUAUUUUUUAAAAAGUCUGAAAUCUAGGAAUACAGUAAUAAGCUAUAGUUUUAGAAAUAUAAAAACAGUCCAAACAAACAUUGUUAUGGAAUGCAUUUUCGAUGUAGGAAUGUGAAUUUUUUUCCAGAACUAAUUCUCACUUGUGGUCAUAUAUCCUGGAUAUGUUAAUCUUCAGAUACUUUUCCUCAGGUUACAGCAGCAUAUCGUUAGUUUAUCUUCCACAGAUGUUUAAAUAUGAAUUUAUUAAUUGCACAAUGUUGUUGUUUUUGCAGUACUCAUGACUAAAGGUAUGUCUAUCCAAAGAUUUUACUCUAUUUUCAGACAGAAAAAGCAGUUAGGAAGCUUAGGUCAAGCUACGUAGAGUUCGCUUUUGUUACAUAGAGUCCGGAUCCUGAUCUCUGUGAUUCUUCAGUUGUAAGUGGAGCUGACAAAGGAAUCCUUCAGGUAUUACAUCAACAACAAAAAAAGCUUAAAAAAAAGUGUGUGUGUGGGGGGUCUGAAUGGAUGCCUAACAGAAAAUCACAGAACUUCAUCCCUUGUCCUUUGCCAGCAUUAUAAAGGACAUCAGCUAUUCAUAAAUGUUGUAGUAUGGAUAAGCAAAGAAGAUAAAGGUCAGAAAGGAAUGGCAAGAAUCAGCUUCAGUGAACAUAGUUAUAGAUGCCUGUGAUAAGAACAUGCCUGGGGAACGGGGUUGUACUUCAUGCUAUGCAUGGUAGACUUUAACAGUAAUGUUAAAGCAUAAAAUGUGAUCAAGCAGCAAAAUUUUUUUUUUUAACAUAUGCCACAACCUAGGAUUAUCAACACAAAAGUUAAAGGUCUACUGCUUUACAAGUACCAACAUGUAGGAAGAGAAAAAAAAUCCAGUCACACUCAGGAGUCAAGGGACCAUUUAGAAAACAUUUAAAUGAAAUCCUCCAUGAAAUUUUUCACAAGGCUGUUUAAUUAAGGUGCAGAUUAAUUAUUACUCCAUGUAAAACAGAUUCAGAUAAGAGGUAUCUUCUAUGCGCUUCUAUUUAUCAGUGUCUGAACACAAGGCAUCAGUGGAAAUAAAAUGCUAGCACCAAGUAACUAACCAACAAAUAAAUAUCUUUAAAUGUA